AUGUCGAGCCAACCACCUCACCCUGCCCUGCUCAUCCCAGGUCCCAUUGAGUUCGAUGACCAGGUCCUGCAGUCCAUGAGCCACUUCAGUGAAUCGCAUGUUGGCGCACCCUUCGUCAAGACAUUCGGCGAGACCUUGACCAUGCUCCGCAAGCUGUUCCAGACCGAGGAUCCCGCAUCGCAGCCCUUUGUCAUCUCCGGAUCAGGUACCCUUGGUUGGGAUCAGGUCGCCGCCAACCUUGCCGAGCCUGGAGAUGAUGUGCUGGUCCUCCACACCGGUUACUUUGCCGAUAGCUUUGCCGACUGCUUCGAGACAUAUGGUGUCAAGGCUACUCAGCUCAAGGCUCCCAUUGGCGACCGUCCUCAGCUUGACGAGGUCGAGAAGGCUCUGAAGGAGAAAAAGUACAAGCUCUUGACCGUCACCCACGUCGACACCUCGACUGGAGUUCUCAGUGAGAUCGAGUCCCUCAGCAAGCUCGUACACAAGGUCAGCCCCGAGACGUUGAUCGUUGUCGACGGUGUCUGCAGUGUUGGCUGUGAGGAGAUUCAGUUCGACAACUGGGGAAUUGACUGUGUCAUCACCGCCUCUCAGAAGGCCAUUGGAUGCCCAGCUGGUCUGAGCAUCGUCAUGGCUUCUGGCCGUGCCAUCAAGUCUUUCCAGAGCCGCAAGGUUCCCCCAACCUCAUACUUUGGCUCAUGGAAGAACUGGAUGCCCAUCAUGCAAAACUACGAAGCCGGCAAGCCCUCGUACUUUGCUACUCCCUCUCCUCAGCUCGUCCAUGCUCUACACACCACUCUGACUCAGAUCACCUCAGUACCUUUGGCCGACCGCUUUGCUGCCCACCGCAAGGCCUCGCAAAAGGUCAAGAAGGCCGUUGCUGACCUUGGUCUUGAGCAACUUGCCGCAAAGCCUGAGAACCAGGCUAAUGGCAUGACUGCAAUCUACCUCCCCAAAGGUAUGACUCCUCCGGAUGUUCUGCCCAAGCUCAUGAAACGCGGUGUUGUGUUUGCUGGUGGUCUGCACAAGCAGAUUGCUACUCAGUACAUCCGCUUCGGCCAUAUGGGCGUCAGUGUCACCGACCCCAACCGUGAUGAUAUUGACCGUGCCAUUGUUGCGCUGAAGGACGGAAUCACUGAGGCACAACAAGCCACUGAUCUGUCAGCUAGAUAG